CACCCCCUGCCCGCCCAAACUCCACCCCGAGGGAAGGCGGUGCGGAUAAAGGCUCGGGGCCGCUCGCAGAGCCCCAGACGGGUCAGGCUGCCGCAUCCCUGCUUCGGCGCGCGGGCUCUCUCAGGACUGUGGGGACCCAGGGCCAACCGCGCCUGAUCCUGAGAGCGGCGGCUGCUGCGGCUGUUGCUAAGGGAGGGGACGCGCUGGGUAGCGCGACCCGAAAGGCAGAGGCACCGAGCGCGCCGUGCCAGGGCGCCCCCUCCAAGGGACCCUCCCCACGCUGUGCUCCGGCCGAGAAAGCGCCAGGAGAUCAGACCCCACCCCGGAGCAAGACCCAAGGAGCGGACGCAACCCCGGAGCGCCCCUGGGAUUCUUUUAUUUGCGAUUAGCCUACCACCGCUGGGACCUUCUCGAGGGGCCCGCGCGCUACAGCCAUCUCCAAGCGCCUGGAAGGAGGACCCCAGUUCGGGGGAGUCCCGGCCUCGAAAGGCGCGGCAAGGAUUGGUGGCGCCCCGCGGACCCCAGACCCCCAGCGCGUGCCGGGGAUGGAGCCGCAGCCCGGCAGCACCCGGAGCUGCAGGCGCGGGGCCCCCGGUGGCGCCUGCGAACUGGGCCCAGCGCCUGAGACGGCGCCCAUAAGCCUGGCUAUCCACAGCACCACCGGAACCCGCUACGACCUAUCGGUGCCGCCCGACGAGACAGUGGAGGGGCUGCGCAAGCGGCUGUCCCAGCGCCUCAAAGUGCCCAAGGAGCGCCUGGCGCUGCUCCACAAAGACACCCGGCUGAGUUCGGGGAAGCUGCUGGAGCUCGGCGUGGGGGAUGGCAGUAAGCUGACGUUGGUGCCCACCGUGGAAGCGGGCCUCAUGUCCCAGGCCUCAAGGCCGGAGCAGUCUGUCAUGCAAGCCCUUGAGAGUCUGACCGAGACCCAGCCCCCAGCGGCGCCUGGGCCGGGCCGGGCUGGCGGAGAAGGCUUCCGGAAAUACAGAUUCAUUUUAUUUAAGCGUCCGUGGCACCGACAGGGACCCCAGAGCCCAGAGAGGGGCGGCGAGAGGCCCCAGGUCAGUGAUUUUUUGUCCGGCCGCUCUCCACUGACCCUGGCCUUGCGCGUCGGGGACCACAUGAUGUUUGUCCAGCUGCAGCUCGCUGCUCAGCACGCCCCACUGCAACAUCGCCACGUACUGGCCGCCGCCGCCGCCGCUGCGGCCACCACCACCCGAGGAGACUCCAGCAUUGCUACCCCUGUGUCCCCCACCUGCCGGCCAGUGUCCAGUGCCGCCCGCGUCCCCCCAGUGCCCACCAGCCCUUCGCCUACAUCUGCCUCCCCUGUCACAGCUGGCUCCUUCCAAUCUCACGAACCCCCCACCACCUGCCCGGAGCAGAUGGAUUGCCCCUCUCCUGCCAGCAGCAGCGUCAGCCCUGGAGCCAGCACCCCUUCCACCCCAGGGGGCAGCCCUACCCCCCGCUCCCGCAAACCCGGCGCUGUUAUCGAGAGCUUCGUGAACCACGCCCCGGGGGUCUUCUCAGGGACCUUCUCUGGCACGCUGCACCCGAACUGCCAGGACAGCAGCGGGCGGCCGCGCCGGGACAUUGGCACAAUCCUCCAGAUCCUCAACGACCUCCUGAGCGCCACGAGGCACUACCAGGGCAUGCCCCCCUCCCUGACCCAGCUCCGCUGCCACGCCCAGUGCUCGCCCACCUCGGCGGCACCUGACCUCACCCCCAAAACUACCUCCUGUGAGAAGCUGGCGGCCGCGCCCCCGGCCUCUCUACUGCAAGGCCAGAGCCAGAUCCGCAUGUGCAAGCCCCCUGGGGACCGGCUGCGUCAGACGGAGAACCGGGCCACGCGCUGCAAAGUGGAGCGGCUCCAGCUCUUGCUGCAGCAGAAGCGCCUUCGGAGGAAGGCCCGGCGGGACGCCCGCGGCCCCUACCACUGGGCGCCCACCCGCAAGGCCGGCCGCAGCGACAGCAGUAGCAGCGGGGGCGGCAGCAGCCCCAGCGAGGCCUCCGGCCUGGGCCUUGACUUCGAGGACUCCGUUUGGAAGCCAGAAGUAAACCCUGACCUCCAGUCGGAGUUCGUGGUGGCUUAGGAACCCCCAGCACACUCGUCACCUCCCCUUGUCAAGCUUCAGCCCAGGGUGGACACCGCCACCGAGACACCACGCCCACCCCAGUGCCACAGUGCCACGGCUGGCUCCGGAGGGCAGGCGGUCACCUCCCUCCCAACCCACCCACCAGCCUUUUUCUUUUUAAGAUUCUCACCGAGGUGGUACCUCCCGCAUCCCCCUCCCACCUCCUGUCUUCACCAAGGACAACAAUGACAAUGACAAGACACCAGAUCCUUCUCUCCCACCUUCCCCAGCUCCAAUAUGUAGCAGGCUGUCCAGAUGGCAGGCGGGAGGAGGGGAGCCAGGAAGCCACCCCUGCCCCCUUCCGCUGCGCCCUCCCCUCCCGCCCUCCACCUCCCGCACCCAUUCAGGUUUUUAAGUCAGAAAUGUAGAUGCCUCAUUAAGCACUUUACAGAUGAGGGGAGGGGACCGUGGAGAGGAGACUCCAUCCCACCCGCCUGCAGGCUUCUGGCCUCCACCCCGGGCCAGCACAUCAACCCGAAUGUCACCCGAGCAAAGCCACGGGAGGGGACUGUUUUCCACAUCUGUCCUUUACUUGGUCUUUUUUUUGUUUUUCUCCCCCAUGUAAAUCUGUGUUGAUCAGUGUGGCCCAGAGCUGGGGGUGGGGUAGGGUGGGGUAGGGGAGGGGCUUUUUCCUGCCAAAAAACAAAAAAUGGACACCUCCAGCUACUGGCCACCCCUGUGCCGACUUCCUCCACUCACUGUGCCCCCACCCCAUUUCCCUGACCUCUUGCCUGAGUUUGGGGACUAUUUAUAGACUUACUAAUUUUCUGACUGAGCCAAUACUGGUUGGGAAUGGCUUGAAAACCAGGGAGAGAACUGGCAGGGGUCUGGGGAGAUCAGUGCCCCUCACCCCUUCCUGCUUGCCCAGCCCAGCCGGAGGGAUGUGGGGUGUGGACUGUCGGGGGAGAUUCUCCGGAACCGGAUGGGGAGGGGGGGGUGCUGAGCUGUGAAUGCCCUAUGGGGCUGCGCUGUGUAGCAUUAAGCCUCCCUGGGGUCCGCUGCUGGUCUAUUUAGGACCCUCCCCACUCAAUGCCGGAGCUCUGGGACCCAGGGAUGGAAAGGGAGACCCCCUUUACUGGGGCCAUUUCACUGGGGGUGGAGUUUGUGUUUGUUUUUUCCUAUUCACUUUUUUUUAUGGGAAGUUGGGGCCCGCCCUCACCUGUCGGUCCUACCUGGCCCCACAUGUGCCCCCCCAGCCCCACAUGUGCCCCCCCAGCCCUUUGUUCUUGUAGGUGAACCCCAAAUCCUUCCUGCCCUCGUCCCGUGUUUAAAUGGUUUCAGAAGUGAACAUCAUGUGUUACCUGUAGUUGUAAAAUUUUUUGUGGGGGUGGGAGGGUAGGGAGGGGGUCCCAGAUGGUAGAGGUCAAGGAUUUGGUUUUUUGUUAAUUUUUUUGUUUUCUGGGAUUGUUUUUUCCAAGGGAAAAAAUGGGGGGUGCGUUUGUUUUUUUUGAAAAACUGUCUUGUAUACCUAUUUAAAUGUGUGUUCUGUUCUGUUUUUUAACGAUUUUUAAAUAACGCCCGUGCCUCCGCGGGUCUGAGGGUGGAGGUGUAGACGGAACUGGCUGGAAGUCCUCCGCCCUCCCUCAGGGUUCCCCAAGAAAGCAUUACACGCCGCCCCCCGGGGUCGGGUUGUGGGGGUCCUGGCACCGCGCGAGUAUGCCGUGUGAAAAUUGGGAAAAAAAAAAAUAAAGCCCUACACACAUCUCGAUUUCCAGUAAUAAAACACAAAAGCUUG